AUGAACGUCUGCUCGGUGGGUGAGAUGGCACGUGUAAUAUUGGACGAUCGAAUUUUUUUUCUGGAAAAACUUCAUAUCAUGCGAUUUGCAGUGAACGGAUUGUUGUGCUACUGGAAAAAGUCGUGGGAUAUUCGCGCAGGCUGUAAUAAUAUUGGACGUAGGAUGAGCAGCGGCAAUAUUCCGUUGGAAGGUCGUACACGAUUGCCUGGCAAAGUACAAGACUGCAUUCAGGAUUGUGGAUUAAUUGUUGCGCACAUACAGUCGGCGUCGCAUUCAAACGAAGUUGGUUCUUGCUAA